UGUAUGUCAGUUUACAAUACAGCUGUCUAUUAUAUUUCAUAUAGAUAAUGAUUGUUAUUAUUUAUUGUAUUGUACUUUUCGUUCCUGUGUCAAAUUGAGCUUUCGGAUGUUAAAAUUACACGUUGGUGGGUGAUGCACCAACAAGCAGCUUGCUAGCUUAACGUUAGCAAACAACACAAGUCAUUUCAGGAUCCAAUGAUGAGUUACAUGGAAAAGCCUGAAGAUAUUACGAAAGACGAAUGGAUGGACAAACUGAACAAUGUACAAAUACAGAGGGCUGACAUGAACCGGCUUAUUAUGAAUUACCUGGUGACAGAGGGGUUUAAAGAGGCAGCUGAGAAGUUCCGGAUGGAGUCUGGGAUCGAGCCCAGUGUGGACCUGGACUCGCUGGAUGAGAGGAUAAAGAUCAGAGAGAUGAUCCUAAAGGGGCAAAUACAGGAGGCCAUCGCACUCAUCAACCGCUUACACCCAGAACUGCUUGACACCAAGCGCUACCUGUAUUUUCACCUGCAGCAACAGCACUUGAUUGAGUUAAUCAGGCUGCGGGAGACGGAGUCUGCGUUGGAGUUUGCCCAGACACAGCUGGCAGAGCAGGGGGAGGAGAGCAGGGAGUGCUUGACAGAGAUGGAGAGGACGCUGGCUCUUCUUGCCUUCGAUACCCCAGAGGAGUCGCCCUUUGGAGACCUGCUUAACAUGAUGCAGCGACAGAAGGUGUGGAGUGAGGUGAACCAGGCUGUGUUGGACUAUGAGAACAGGGAGUCAACGCCCAAGCUGGCCAAGCUACUCAAGCUGCUGUUAUGGGCUCAGAACGAGCUGGACCAGAAGAAAGUAAAAUACCCCAAAAUGACAGACCUCAGCAAAGGCAUUAUUGAGGAUCCCAAGUGAAAUGACGAGCAGUGACAUGGACUACCAUACUUCCUUUCUCCUAUUUAUAAUCCGUGAAAGACUGGAUGAUAACGGGAAAAUAACAUGUAUAUAAAUACUUUUUUCAUGUUGCAUAUAUGAGAGGACUUAAUUGAGUGUGCAAAUGCUAUAUGGCUGUAUUUAAAGAAAAGAAAAAGUGACACACUGAUUUAAACAUUCAAGAGUACCCACAUUUAUAUACACUUUAAGAGACCACACGUUUAUAUUUGAUUACCUGAGAAAUUGGUAUGAAUCACUUUUACUUGAGUGUCAUGGUCGGUUCUGAAUAUAAUUAAAUUCGUUUUUUAAGCCACUGAGUUGAGUGUAGGUGUUAAGAUUUUAUACAAACCAUAUAGUUUGUUAAAGGUCCAAUGUAGCUGUUUUUUAUCUCAAUAUCAAAUAAUUUCUGGGUAACAAUUAAAUACCUUACUGUGACUGUUCAAUUAAAGUGGUCAACAAGACACAAAUAGAUUCUUGGUGAAGAGCAAUUCCUCAAGCAAGAAUUUUGCAAGGAUUGUCUAGGAGUGAUCUGAGUGGGGAGGGGGAAACUGAACUAUCUAUUGACAGAGCUCUUUCUUAUUGGUGAUGUUACCAGACAGGCCAAAACUCUGAGGCAGUCUUUUCAAACAGCUCUUACACUAUCACCGUUUUCAAAAUGUCACAGUAUUUCAACCUCAAUUGUAGAAAUAUGUAUAUUGAACACAGGAAAUAUAUUUGUUUUAAUGCACUGGGCCUUUUUAAGCCUAAAUUAGGCUCCUAUGUAAAGGACAGAGGGGAAUAUAGGCUAAAUGCUAUUUUAAUUUUUUUGUAAGUGUUUGGGUCAUGUGGGAAAGGCCAGGUAACAGUUAUCUACAGUAAUUUGAUUGGUUAAAAUGGCAAGUCUAUCUUCUGGACAUCUGGUCUUAACCUGUCUACUGAUGGAUGAAAUUAUUACACACACACAUGGAAAUACGGGUUUCUUUUAAAUGGUUGACUGAGUUUACAUUCCCUUCUGUGUUUGAAAGAUACCUGAAGCUCUGCCGUGUAGGUUAUAUUGAGGCAUGAAAACUUGUAGCUGGAGGGUGAAAACCUUCACCUUUCAUAGUAUAAAGGCUCUCCUACAGAAGUAGAGAAGUUGGUGUAAGGUACCCAUGACCAGAUUGCUAUUAAGAGUUAGUAACCAGUCUGAAUUUGUACAUUUACUGCACAGAGGCAUGUGGUGUAAAUAUUGUUCAAUGGGUGAAAGUCACUGUAGAAGUGCCCAUUUCUUGUUUAUGUUGUGAUAUUUGUUUAUUUUUUUACCUGCUGCUAAAUGUCAAUUUCAUUGUAUGAUCAGACAAUGUGAUUAUGCACAGACUACAGAGAACUCCCUUCCCUUGUAUUGUUGGGUGUUUUUGAGGUCAAAUGUGCACAUAUAGAAAUAAACUUUUCUGAGUUUUUAUU